AGCAUGUUUAUACACUUGCGUUUAGUGGAAGCGCGGUGAGAUGCUCUACAGUGCGCGCGGGACUACACUCUGACCUACACACCAGCUGGCAUCUGCAACAAGAAGGACAAUUUUGCAUGUACACAUAAAAAUACUAUUUAUUACAUCUGCAGAAAACAACAAUUGUCAAGUGAACCUUAAAUAAUUCUACCAUCAUGGAACUUGACGCGUCUAUCAUUCUCCCUGCGCUCUUCUUUACCAUUCUUGCUGUUGUCUUGGCAGCCAAAUUCAUCCUCAAAAAACAACCAGAGGAGAAGAAGAAGAGGGUUAAAGUAGGCAACGGAGACGACAUUCCUCCUUCCAUAGCAUUGACACCAGCAGUAGCAGUAGUGGAAGUACCAAAAAUGGAGAUACCACCACCGGUGAUUGUACCAAAAGUGGAGGUACCCCCACAAGUGGUAGAAGCUAUAACCGAGCCAGUAACAGUUGCCCCAGUAGUUGAAGAGAUCAAUGUUGUAGAAGAAGAGACAGUUAAAGAGCCUGAAAUUAUCCCCGAGGUUCAGGCUGUGCCAGAGCCCGUGGUUGAGCCAGAACCCGUGCCUGAGCCCAUCCCUGAGCCAGAGCCCAUCCCAGUCGUUGUUGAGGAGCCCAUCCUUGAGCUCAUCGCCGAACCUGUAUCUGUGGUGAAGGAGGUCCCCGUCAGAGAGCCCACCCCUGAGCCAGCGAGGGAACCCAACCCCAAGCCAGCGAGGGAACCCACCCCUGAGCCCAUCUUCGUGCCAGAGCCAGAGGACCUUGAGAGCAACGCUGAGGCGGUGCACUUUACCCCAGGAAUGAAGAUUAGCAAGUUGGAGAAGCUGAUGACCAAGGAGGAGAUGGAGGAGGAGCAGAGGAUAGAGCUCACACCUGACUUUACCUCUCUAUAAGCAACAUCGACAAGCACACUGUGAGUUAUGAAGGAUUAUGGGGUGCAAAACGAUCAGUUGGCGGCCAUCUUUCUCAUGCUGAUGCAGAACCAGGAGGCACUAGGGGAGGUGACUGAGGGAGACAUGGAGGAGCAGCUCAAACUCUACUCCCUGUAGCAGAAUGGGGCGGUUCUGUUAUUGUCAACCUUGUAUAGGGCUGAAUAGCCUGUUCCCCUUUUUAAAGUGCAGGUGUCAAGCAGAGCAACUGUCAAUGUAUAAUACCGUAUUUAUGUUUGACUUAUCAUGUCAGGUCAGAAUGAUCCAUAACAGACAAAGACAAUAGGUUUAAUAUUCUGACAUACUGGAGAGGGAUAGGUUAAAUGGCAUUACCCAUAAGACCAAAACAAAUUGUACAAUACUUGAAUGUAAGACACAAGUCUUCAUACUGUUCUUGUUCUGUUAACAUUGGUUAUCGUAAAGUAUGGCAAUGUUACAGUGGCUUUAAAAAUGUUCUUAGAGUAUGAACAAACAAUUGCAGUAACUUAUUUACAUUAAGUAUAUUGAUAACACACUUUGUUUAUAUUACUUACAUUUUUUAUGAAAUAUUGUUGGUAAGUCACAUAUACUGUAUGUAUUUUCACUUGUAAAGAACUAUUUUGGAAUGACUUUGUAGUGUUAAUAUAGGUACUAUUGAAAUAUACAAUGAGUGUACAAAACAUGACAUAGACUGACCAGGUGAAUCCAGGUGAAAGCAAGAUCCCUUAUUGAUGUCACUUAUUAAAUCCACUUCAGUCAGUAUGGAUGAAGGGGAGGAGACAGGUUAAAGAAGGAUUUUUAAGCCUGGAGACAACUGAGACAUGGAUUGGGUGAAUGGGCAAGCAAAAGCUUUAAGUGCUUUGAAGGGGUUAUGGGUUAUAGGUGCCAGGUGCACCGGUUUGAGUGUGUCAAGAACUGCAAAGCUGCUGGGUUUUUCACGCUCAACAGUUUCCUGUGUGUAUCAAGGUCCACCACCCAAAGGACAUCCUGUCCUGUCGGAAGCAUUGGAGUCAACAUGGGUCAGCAUCCCUGUGGAAUGCUUUCGACACCUGUAGAGUCCAUGCCCUGACGAAUUUAGGUAGGUGUUCCUAAUGUUUGUACACUCAGUGUAUAUGUUUUUCAUAUAUUCUAAACACUACAUAUUUUGAAUCAAAUGUUUUUAAUGGAUGUACAUACUGUAUGGAGAUAUUUUAGUAGUUUGUUUAGAGUCUCAAGCGAUGAGGUUUUAAUAGUUAGUACCACAGGUGGCUGGUGGCACCUUAAUUGGGAAGGACGGGCUCAUACUUAUGGCUUGAACGGAAUAAAUGGAAUGGUAUCAAAUCCAGCCAUUAUUAUGAGUCGUCCUCCCCUCAGCAGCCUCAUGUGGUUAGUACACUGGUGUAUCUUUUUACCAGUUAUUUUAUUAAAUAAUAUGACACUCAAAACAG